CAAAAAUCCAAACUUUCAUUCUCUCUCUCUAUCAAUCUCUCUGUUGCUCUGAGUGGCGAGGUUGUUACACGGCGGCCGCCAUGAGUUUCCAUCGGCGGCGCUAUCCUUACUACAACCGUCUCCGUCGUCUCCUCCCUCUCGUUUUCGCCGUCUUCUUAUCUCUCCUCAUUCUCUUCGCUUUUCUCUCUUUCCUUGCCCCGUUUCCCGGGGAUUCCGAUCGCCUUCCUCCACGCGUUCGCUACUCAUCUAGUGAUGCGAUCAAAGCUACAGGUUUCCGUAUUCCGAGAGCUGGAGGCAGAUCAGAUCGUGAUAUUUGGCGUUCACGAAAUGCUGAGUUCUUUUUUGGAUGCAGCAAUGCGAGCAGCAAAUUCGCAAAUGCGAAAGCAGUGACGAGAAAUGAUCGAUACUUGGUUAUAGCCACUAGUGGUGGUUUGAACCAACAACGAACUGGAAUUGUAGAUGCAGUUGUUGCGGCAAGAAUUCUAAAUGCUACGCUUGUUGUUCCCAAGUUAGACCAGAAAUCUUACUGGAAGGAUGCCAGUGACUUCUCGCAUAUUUUCGAUGUUGAUUGGUUUAUAUCAUUUUUGUCUGACGACGUCAAAAUUAUAAAGCAACUUCCACUGAAAGGAGGCCGAACAUGGAGUACUAGUAGAAUGCGUGUACCACGAAAAUGUAACGAGCGAUGCUAUAUUAACCGUGUUUUACCUGUUCUUCUCAAAAGGCAUGCAGUUCAACUGAACAAAUUUGACUAUAGACUUUCAAACAAGUUGAGCGAUGACUUGCAAAAGCUAAGAUGUAGAGUAAAUUACCAUGCUCUAAAGUUCACUGAUCCUAUACUUACAAUGGGUAAUGAAUUGGUCCGGCGCAUGCGAUUGAGGAGCAAACACUUCAUUGCUUUACAUCUAAGGUUUGAACCUGAUAUGCUUGCAUUCUCGGGAUGCUAUUAUGGUGGUGGUGAUAAGGAAAGGAGAGAACUUGCAGCAAUUAGAAGGAGAUGGAAAACAUUACAUAUUAACAACCCAGAGAAACAAAGACGACAAGGAAGAUGUCCACUUACUCCAGAAGAAGUCGGACUGAUGCUUAGAGCUUUGGGAUAUGGCAGUGAUGUUCAUAUAUAUGUUGCGUCUGGUGAAGUAUAUGGAGGAGAAGAAUCAUUGGCUCCUUUGAAAGCACUCUUUCCACACUUCUAUUCAAAAGACACUAUAGCUACAAAGGAAGAGUUAGAACCUUUUUCUUCGUACUCUUCUAGAAUGGCUGCACUCGACUUCCUUGUUUGUGAUGAAAGUGACGUAUUUGUAACCAACAACAAUGGCAAUAUGGCAAAAAUAUUGGCUGGGAGGAGGAGAUACUUAGGACAUAAACCCACUGUUAGGCCGAAUGCAAAAAAGCUUUACAGAUUAUUCAUGAACAAAGAGAACACGACGUGGGAGGAGUUUUCAUCUAGAGUCCGUUCGUUUCAGAGAGGGUUCAUGGGAGAGCCAAAGGAAGUAAGAGCCGGUAGAGGUGAAUUUCACGAGAACCCAUCGACAUGCAUAUGCGAAGAUACAGAGGCUAAGGCAAAGGCGCAAAUGGAAUCUAGAAAACUUGGAAAGAAAAACAAAUCCACAAAUAAAGACGCAGCAGUAACAGUAACCAAUGAUGAUCAAACCGAAGAGGAUGAGCCAGAUUGGUCGGAGCCAGACUAUGAGGAAGAACAGAGUGAUCUUAAGGACAGAGGAUUAUACAACGGGACAAGUCUAGAUUACGAUGAUCCAUCUACCUCUGAUGAGCCUGAGCUUGAAGAAAUGCUAUCAGAUUAGUUAGAUUCGCAUCAGUGAGCUUCACAUCAUUACACUGAAUCUAUCCUCUGCUUGGGCACUUCACAGUGAGUUUUCCAACCUUGGGGCUAAGCCUUGUUGUCACCAUUUUGCAUGUAAUGUCUCAUGUACAUAGAACCGCGCGAUAGAGCAUUGUUUUGUUUAUCAGGAUCUGAGGACAGAUCAAUUUUU